UUCCAUAAGUUUCAAUAAGUUUCCAUAAGUUUCAAUAAGUGGAUCACCAUGCGGGCAGUUUCGGUUCCAGUGCUACUCCUCCUCGUUGUCUGCGUGUCCUGGUUCGGCGAAGCAGACGCCGUUUGCUGCAGGACCAAGGCGAAACUGAUCUUCACGAUGGGCUACGGAUCCUGCGGAAUGGUGAAUGCCAAGUCCACCAAGAACGGAUGCGAGGUGACCAUUUGCCCAGAUGGCAGGGCACUCGUGGGCACAUUCUGUGGAGUGGGCUCUUGCAAUUUGUUUGGCUGCCAUUGUCGCGGAGGCUGUCUGUCCGGCAACUUUGGCGAGUCCUUUGUGGAAAGGAACAGGAAGUAUGAGAUCAACUUGAUCAGCACCCAAAUGCACUUGGCUAAUUUGACAGAUGCAGUGGUUUAAUUGAACGAUAUUCCCUGUUUAAUUUGCCAUAUAUAUAAUAUACCGCAAAUAUAUAUGUUAUAUAAUCAAUCAUGCCAAUUAUAUAUUAUAACAACUUUUGCCCAAAUAUUCGCAAUUUAAAGCGUUGUUAACUUUGAGCUUAAUAAAGAAGUUGAAAACUGCA